GUCACCUUGUCCGCGAAUCGGCAUUUUUCUGAAAUUCUGUUAAAAAUCGUUUGCUUUUAUUUUUCGAACAUCAAAACGUGGCCAAGCUUUUCCACAAUUAGAAACGUAUUCACAGGUGAUCAAACCAAAGAAUAACUUAGUACAGAAGUUUUAAAAUGGCUAAGGUUCAUAUAACCAACGUAGUUGUACUCGACAAUCCCAGUCCGUUUUUGAAUCCUUUUCAAUUCGAGCUGACCUUCGAAUGUAUAGAGGAAUUAAAAGAAGAUCUCGAAUGGAGGAUGAUAUACGUUGGAUCUGCGGAAACGGAGGAGCACGAUCAAGUAUUAGACACUAUAUACGUAGGUCCCAUACCGGAGGGCCGUCACAUGUUCGUAUUCCAGGCCCCGCCACCUGACGUGACUCGUAUACCGGAGAACGACGCUCUAGGCGUCACCGUAGUGCUUUUAACGUGUUCGUACAGAGGACAGGAGUUCGUUCGCGUCGGUUAUUUCAUAAACAAUGAAUACAGUGAGAGUGAGCCCGAGUUGCGAGAGAAUCCGCCAGCGAAACCUCAGUUCGACAAAGUGGUACGGAAUAUUCUAGCAUCCGAGCCAAGGGUAACGAGGUUUAAGAUUAACUGGGCGGAACCGGACGCAGCGCCUACAGACUCUGGAGACGGGAACAUAGAAGCGUCACAUGCGCCUAGUAAUGAUUCGUAUGGAGCGUCGUUUAAUGCUGAUAGUCAAUUGAGUGGAAUCGAGUUCCAGGGUAGUCUUAGUGGGUACGGGGAUAACUCGAAUUCUAUAGCUCCUAUGGAGUGCUGAGAUUGUAAAUAAGCAGUAUGUUAAAUGGAGUUUUUCAAAGCAGAACCACAGGUGGUGUUCUGUGAUGUAUGGACUGAUAUGAUAAAACUAUAGAUUUUAUAUUGUAUAUGACAAAAAAGUGCAUAAAAAGGUAUACUUCUACAAUUUAUUGAUACGAGAUGACGGUCAUCAUAAAGGAAAAAGCAUUUAUAUCCAUGUAUGUAUAUA